UCUUCAAUACAAACACACACAUCUCUCCAUUAAAUAAUCACUACUAUUUAUUAUUAUUAUUAUGCUUUUUCUCUGACUGCCAUAAUGCACACACAUGCUUCAAGCUCUUCACUCUUGCUUCAUUUCAAUUUCAAGCUCAAAACUGCAACUCUGCCCAAUCCAACACUCGCUGCUUUAAUGUCUUCUCCAACCCCGAGGCAUACCCUUCUUCCUAACCAUCAUUAAAUUCUUUAUACCUUCUUCUUCACUCUUUCACCCAAUUCCCUGCUAGCUUAUUAAAUCACUUCCCACUGUAACAAUAAACAAAGCAGAAAAAAGAAAAUGAGAAUAAAAAUCAAAAUUUUCUUCUUUUUAUUGCAUAAGAAGCUCAACUCGGCAACACCCAUUUUUGCUUAUGCAAUUUCCUUGUAGAAUUUAGUUCCUUUUCUCUGAGUGUGUGCUCUUCUUCUUCUUCUUCUUCUUCUUACUCCUGGAAAGUGGGAACGCAUUCAUGUCAUAGUACCAUGUGAGUGUUGUGUUCUUCUUUUUUGAAUGGACGGGAUUUGAAAAUUCUGAAUAGUUUAAGAGAAAAAAAAAGAGAAAAGUGUUAAAAGGAGAGUUUGUUGGACUUGCUCUGCUUUACUUUGUUUGUUUUAUUUCUCUCUUUUCCACAUGGUUUCUGUCUAAUCCUUAGUAUUUCUCUUCCUUCUCUCUUUCCCUUUUGUUCCUUUGUGAAUUUUGUGAUCUUCUCUUUUUGUUUAUUACUAUUAUAUAUAUACAUCCACUGUGAUAUUUUGGAUUCUUGCAGAAAUUCUUCAUCCAUAGUGUCUCCUUUCUAUAUAGCUUAUUGUCCUUUGAACACUCCUUUUUUGGCUCAGAAGAAACUUCCCUCCUUUUUUGUUUGAGGUUGUUUGGUUUGGUGUUUGGUCUUGUUUGGUGGUGCAUAUGCUGUUCCUACCAAACCUUCUUUUUCUUCUUCAUUGUUGAAAGAAAAUGUUAGUGUUCUUCAAUUCCUUUGGAAUUUGAGAAAAACUUUCCCUUAGUUCUGUUAGAUACAUAGAUCACACUAUGAAAAUGAAGAUGCAAUCGUAUUGCAUAUUCCUACUACUGUUUCUGAUUCUUUUUACUUCACCAAAACCAGUGCUAUCUGAUGACACUUCAUUCAAUGAUGAUGUUUUGGGUUUGAUUGUGUUCAAAGCCGGUUUGGAUGAUCCAAAGGGUAAACUUUCUUCAUGGAAUGAAGAUGAUUUAACCCCUUGCAAUUGGGAUGGUGUGGAUUGUGACCUCUCAACAAAAAGGGUCAAUUCCCUUGUUCUUGAUGGUUUCUCUCUUUCUGGCCAUGUUGAUAGAGGACUCUUGAGGCUUCAAAAUCUAAAGAUUCUCUCACUUGCAAGGAACAACUUCACUGGCACCAUAAACCCUGAUCUUCCUUCAUCACUUGGUGGAUUGCAAGUUGUUGACUUUAGUGACAACAAUCUCUCUGGUUCAAUCCCUGAAGGGUUCUUCAACCAAUGUGGCUCUCUUAGAACAGUUUCCUUUGCCAAGAACAAUCUCACAGGUAAGGUUCCUGAUUCCUUGAGCUCAUGCUCCACAUUGGUGAAUGUUAACUUUUCAUACAAUCAAAUUUCUGGUAUAUUGCCAUCUGGGGUGUGGUUCUUGAGGGCAAUACAGUCAUUUGAUCUGUCAAAUAACUUGCUUGAAGGAGAGAUUCCUGAGGGAAUUAAGAAUCUGUAUGAUUUGAGGGAGUUAAAUUUGCAGAAUAAUCACUUUAGUGGAAAGAUUCCUGAAGAAAUUGGAGGGUGCUUGGUUUUGAAAUCAGUGGAUUUGAGUGGUAAUUUUCUCUCUGGGGAACUUCCUGAGUCAAUGCAAAGACUCACUUCAUGCACAUCACUCAGUUUGCAGAGAAAUUCCCUCACUGGAACCAUUCCUGAUUGGAUUGGAGGGUUGAAAAGUCUAGAGAAUUUGGAUCUUUCAGCUAAUGAACUUUCCGGUUGGAUUCCGAAAUCAUUAGGGAAUUUAGACUCGCUGCUUAGGUUGAAUCUGUCCAGGAAUCAGUUCACAAGAAACUUGCCGUUUUCGAUGACGAAUUGUUCUAAGCUUUCGACAUUCGACAUAAGCCAGAAUGAAUUUUCAGGCCAUAUUCCUUGGUGGAUAUUCAUAAUGGGUUUGCAAGGUUCACCUUUCCAUGAUCUUGAAGUGUUGGAUUUGUCAUCCAAUGCAUUUUCUGGUGAGCUUCCAUAUGGCAUUGGGAACCUUAGCAGUUUGCAAGUAUUGAAUGUUUCCGGCAACAAUAUCUCUGGCUCGAUUCCUGUGACUAUAGGAGAACUCAAAUCUUUGUACAUUCUUGAUUUGAGUGACAACAAGAUUAAUGGAAGCAUUCCUUCUGAAAUUCAAGGUGCAAGUUUACUCAGUGAAUUGAGGCUACAAAGGAACUUCUUAAGUGGGAGAAUUCCAUCCGAAAUAGACAAGUGUUCAUCUUUAACAUCUUUGAUACUUUCUCACAACAAGCUUACUGGUUCAAUCCCAGCAUCAAUUGCAAAUCUCACCAAUCUUCAAUAUGUUGAUUUGUCAUGGAAUGAAGUCUCUGGAGGUUUACCGAAGGAGCUUACAAAUCUUUCGCACCUUCUUGGUUUUAAUGUAUCCUACAACCAGCUUCAAGGUGAGCUACCAGUGGGUGGAUUCUUCAACACCAUCUCACCCUCAUCUGUCUCCGGCAACUCAUUGUUAUGUGGUUCUGUUGUUAAUCAAUCCUGUCCAUCCGACCACCCGAAACCUAUUGUCUUAAACCCGAAUUCUUCAAGUUCCAACUCCAGCAUUUCGGCCCAGAAUCGCCAUCAUAAGAUCAUACUCAGUAUCUCAGCUCUUAUUGCUAUAGGAGCAGCUGCUUUUAUAGCCGUUGGUGUGGUGGCUAUUACAGUCUUAAACAUUCAUGUGCGCAAUUCAAUGGCUCGUUCGGCUGCUCAGUUUGCAUUCUCUGGUGGUGAGGACUAUAGUGGUUCGCCCGAAAAUGAUCCAAACUAUGGCAAGCUUGUCAUGUUUUCUGGUGAUGCAGACUUUGCAGAUGGAGCUCAUAAUCUUCUUAAUAAAGACAGUGAAAUAGGCCGUGGAGGAUUCGGAGUUGUUUAUCGCACUGUCCUUCGAGACGGCCACUCUGUUGCAAUCAAGAAGCUUACAGUGUCCAGUUUGAUCAAGUCCCAAGAUGACUUUGAAAGGGAAGUGAAAAAUCUCGGCAAGGUUAGACACCAAAACCUGGUGACACUCGAAGGCUAUUACUGGACUUCAUCUUUGCAGCUUCUCAUUUAUGAGUACUUAUCCAAAGGGAGUUUGCAUAAACUCCUCCAUGAUGAUAAUAACAGCAAAGAUGUCUUUUCUUGGAGACAAAGGUUCCGGAUUAUUCUCGGCAUGGCGAAAGGAUUAGCUCAUUUGCACCAGAUGGACAUAAUACAUUACAAUCUUAAGUCAACCAAUGUACUGAUUGAUUGUUCCAGCGAGGCGAAAAUAGGAGAUUAUGGCCUAGUAAAGCUAUUGCCAAUGCUAGACCAUUGUGUUUUGAGCAGCAAAAUUCAAAGCGCGCUCGGCUACAUGGCUCCGGAGUUUGCUUGCCGAACAGUUAAGAUAACCGAGAAAUGUGAUGUGUAUGGCUUUGGAAUCCUUGUUCUUGAGGUGGUGACCGGAAGAAGGCCUGUGGAAUACAUGGAGGAUGAUGUGGUUGUUCUUUGUGACAUGGUGAGAGGUGCAUUGGAGGAAGGCAAGGUUGAGCAAUGUGUUGAUGGGAGGCUACUUGGUAAUUUCGCAGCCGAAGAAGCGAUUCCUGUGAUCAAAUUGGGGUUGAUUUGUGCCUCACAAGUGCCGUCGAACCGGCCGGAUAUGGCCGAGGUAAUCAACAUACUAGAGUUAAUCCAAUGCCCUUCAGAAGGACAAGAGGAGUUAGAAUGAAUUUUGAUGCAGUGAUUUCAGGAAAAACAAGAACAGUAUUGCAGUAAUUGGUGAAGAACAAUCCAGUUUGAAGCUAUACACAUGCAAAGAAUUUUCAACCAAAACUUUCCUUUGUUUAAGUUGUUGCGAUUUUUUGUAUUUUUUUUACCAGAUUUAUUUUCCUUUUACUUUUUUGGUCAUAUCACUUUGUAUUGCUGGAUUUUUCUUCACCAGUUCAAGAGUUAAAUAGAAUGAUAUCUUUUAACCACAAUUUUUCUUUCAGAUG